GGUAUUUACCAUCUCUCAAACCCUUUACGCUUCCAUUACGUCAAGGAGCUGCCGCCGUGAAAUAUUGUGGUAAGAAACAAAAAAGAAAAAAUGGGUGGGCGAUCUUGCUUGGUGGCGGCGCUGGCGGUGGCUUUCCUGCUUGUGGUGGCGUUUGCUGGGAAAUCAUCGGCUCAGCUCUCCACCAACUUCUACUCUAAGAGCUGCCCCAAGCUGCUGACGACGGUGAGGUCUGCUGUGAAAUCGGCCGUCGCCAAAGAACGACGGAUGGCUGCCUCUCUCCUCCGAUUGCACUUCCACGACUGCUUUGUCAACGGUUGUGACGGAUCGAUACUACUGGACGACACGCCAACCUUCACCGGAGAACAAACUGCCCGCCCCAACAAUAGAUCCGUGCGAGGCUUUGAGGUUGUCGACGACAUCAAGUCCAAGAUCGAGAAAGUCUGCCCUGGCAUCGUCUCCUGCGCCGACAUCCUCGCCAUCGCUGCUCGCGACUCCACUGUCCUCGUUAAGGGGCCGAACUGGAAAGUGAGACUAGGAAGAAGGGAUUCAAAGACAGCCAGCUUGGCCGCCGCCAACAGUGGCGUCAUCCCUCCUCCUACCGCCACCCUCAAUGAGCUCAUCACUCGCUUCCAGGCCAGAGGCCUCUCUGCCAAGGACAUGGUUGCUCUAUCUGGUUCCCACACGAUAGGGCAAGCCAGGUGCGUGACAUUCAGGGCCCGGAUCUACAACGAGACCAACAUCAACUCCAAUUUCGCGAGGACGAGACAAGAGCGGUGCCCCAGCGCCGCGAACUCAGGUGACGACCGGCUGGCCCCUCUGGACGUGAAGACGGCGGCGUUUUUCGACAACAAAUACUACAAGAACCUCCUCAUUCAAAAGGGUCUUCUACACUCCGACCAGAUCCUGUUCGACGGCGGGUCGACCGAUUCCUUGAUCAGAUCCUACAGCAAGAACCCCAAGGCGUUUGCGGCCGACUUCGCGGCGGCGAUGAUCAAGAUGGGGAACAUCGAUCCCCUCACUGGGUCUCAGGGCGAGAUUAGGAAGAAAUGUGGCAGACCCAAUUCGUCGUCGUGAUCUCAUGAUCAUAAUAUAUAUAUUGAGUAUUGUAGACUUGUAGUAGGAGUGUGUCGUUUCGUUUGUUUCUCAAAGUUGUCACCAGUUGGGUAAAGUUAUUGCCCAAUUUCAAAUUAAUUUUUGUAUGAAUUCAUAAUAAUAUGUCGCAUCUCCCCCUACAUCCCCGAUCUCGUCGGUAUGAAUGUAAUCACUAAUCAGGGUUUUGUUAUUUGUUAAUCGGCUAGGUUGUAUGUUCGAUCGCUUAGUUUAUUAAAAAAAAUAUGUUUAUUAUCUAAAAACAUUUCUAUUUUAAUAGUUACUCAUUUUAUUCAUUUCCUCUCUCGUUAGUCACCUACCGUCCAAUUGUAAUCAAUUAAGAUCUUUGACCGCUAAUUUGUUGACAUGGCAAUUAUGUUGAAAAAGAUAAAAAGUCGUGGUACUUGUCAUAAAUCAGUUAGUCUCAAUAACUCGAGUUGUUUGGAAAAAGUUAUGUUGGAUCUUAUACCACCCUCUAAAACGUCCCCUCAAAUGAAAGCUGACUCACGGGCUUGAAGUUUGUACAUGUCCGCCAUACCAUGUGCUUGAAGACAACUGUUAAUAUUGGGGGUCGUAGAGACUUGCACACGUGACCUCACGAACAAACCAGCUCUGAUACUAUGUCAUAAACCAGUUAGUCCCAAUAACUCGAGUUGUUGGGAGAAAGUUAUGUUGGAUCUUAUACCACUCUCUAACAGUAUUUGUUUCAUUUAAAAUUGGAUUUUCCUGCCAUGCGUCUUGUUCGUAGCUUCGGAGGGGUAUUCACGUUUGGCAUAUAUAUGCUCUGGCAGAGAUCUUUGAAGAUGAUUCCCUAUUACAAUCUGGCGGUGGAACUUUAGCCUUUAGAUCACCCUUGGAAAAAUGUACGUGGUGUCGUAGGCAGCUAAUCGAGUAGCUCUAGAAGCAUGUGUACAAUCUCGUAAUGAGGGAAAUGAUCCUGCUCGUGAGGGUAACAAAAUUAUUCGGGAGCCUAGCAAAUGGAGUCCUGAAUUGGGGGCUCAUGCCUGUGAAGCAUAUGGAAGGAAAUUAAAUGAGGAUACGCUGCAAUGUCACCUUGCCGAAACUAAAGAGGAAAUCGAAGAGAAGCUUCUGGAAAGUACGGGAACGGGCAGGAAUAAAAGUAAAACCUAUUC